AUGGAAAAAUGCUUUUCCUCGCACUUAAGUGUUAGAGGAAGUAGUUUUUUCAGAUUUGUUAACGAUCAUUAUUUUAAAAAUAUUACUAAAAAUAUAAUUGAGAAAACGAGUUCAUUAAAUAAUGAGAAUAAUAAAGAAGAAUUUAGGAAAAAAUGCCUAGAUUUGGCUAAUUAUGUAAUUCAUAAUAAGAAAGCACCCUCAUAUCGUAAUCAAGUAAUUUGGGAAAGAGCAAUAAAGAGUUGGGCAGAAUCUCACUAUGAAAAGCUAAAUAAAUAUGGAGGAUGUCCUUUCAUUUUAGAGGAAAAAGAUAUAGAAAUCUUAGAAAUAAAAUAUAAAGAAGUAGAUUUCUGUGAAAAAAAAAGUCAAGAAUUGAAGGAAAUAAAACGUUUAAAAACACAGCACUCACGAGGUUGUAAUAAUGAAUACUUAAAGAAGUGUAGGGAAUAUAAUGCGUGGAUUAAUGACAUGAAAAAUUAUUUUGACGGAAAAAAGAGUCUUAUUCAAAAUUGUUACCAAAAAAAUAAUUCCAGAAAAAAAGGUUCCCAAUCAAUAUGCAACAUACUGAACCUAGAAACUUUUAAAGAGCCACCUGAUUGUUUACUGGUAAAAUCAGUUACAACUUGUUCCAAUUUAGAGGAAAAAAAAAAGGAAAUCCCAUCAAAACAAGAUCCAGAAAAACUCGAAGUUGAAGAUAAAUCCAAAGAUAUACCUGGAACAGGUGUGCAAACUCAACCUACAAUGGAUGAUUUGACUCAAAAGAGAGCUCAAGAGGCAAACGAUAAUCCACAACAAUCGAAAACUGAACAGGAAAUGGAAGCUUCACCUUUAGUUCAAGCCAAAGCAGAGGAUCAAAUAUCAUUGCCUAUAUCUCCAAAUUUAGAAACUGAAACUAAUCCUGCAAAAUCUACAGAAUCUGAAUUAUCAAAUGUUGACUCAAAUUCUGCAUAUUCUUACUCCCAAAAAACAAAAGCACCUGAAUCAAAAGUUUUAACCCAUGAUGUUACAGCAUUAACCCAAGAAAAAAACUCAUAUAAUACAUAUAUAUCAUCUAUUCUAAUAAGCUUUCUAAUUAUUAUUGUAUCCACUCUUUUCAUUAAUUAUGCUUUAAUUGGGAUGUUUAAAAAAAAGAAAAACAUAAAAAGAAGACAUGUUAAAUUUCUCAAAAUACUACUAACUUCGCAUGCUGACAAAAAAGACAUAUCUUUAAAUGAUGAUCAUUCAAAACACUCAUUACAAAAAGAUGAAGAAAUCACAAAAAAAAUAAAAAUAUAUGAAAAAGACAUAAUAAAUAAUACAAAUGUGUUAAAGAGAAAUAAAAACAUGUCCAAAACUAUUAUUGAAGUACAUUUGGAAGUACUCGAAAAAUGCAGAAACGAAGAAUGGGAAUUACAAAAAUGGGAGUUUUUAGAAAUAUGCCUACAGAAAAUUACAAAAGAGGAAUUUAAAACAAAUGCUAACUUAACAAAUGAUGAAUUAAUAAUAGAAAAUAUUAUAAGUAACCACGAUAUUGAAAAAAAAAAAUUUAUAUGGAAUAAAUGGAUAGAAAAACACAAAAAUAUUUCUGCAAAAUUGAAAAGAACACAUUGGUUUAAUAAUUUGAAAAAUGAAUGGAAAAAAGAACAAGUGUACGCAAUAAAAAUAAAAGAAAUAAAAAAUGAUAUUUCAAAUGAUAUUAAGAAUGUUCCAUUUUUAGAAAGAGAAAAAGAUUUAUGGAGAAAAUGGAUAUCAAAAAAGUACAUGAUUAUAGAGCACUAUUUGGAACAGCACUGGUUAAAAGAAUUGACAGACGAAUUGACGUAUACUUUAAAUAACUAUGAAAAACAAGAAACUAAAGAUAAUAUAUCAUUAUUAAAUAUACAAGAAUUGCAAAACAAAAAAAGUUAUAAAGAAUUAUAUAAAUAUAUAAAAAAAAAAUUACUAAUAAAACUGUGUAUACUCGUACUUAUGACUGUAUUAGAAGAAUGUAAAAAAGAAGAGUAUCUAGAUAAUAGGCAAUCAUAUUUUGAUAGUUCCAUAAAUAAAAUGAAAAUAAUAGAAAAUUUAGAUAAAAAUAAAAAAAUUAAUGAAAACAUAACUAAAUUGAAGGAAGAUGAUUUUGAAAACGGGAAUAAUAAGCAAAUUAAUGGAUAUAUAAAAGAAGAUGCCCUUAUACAGGAUAUAGAAGAAGAGAUAAGAGAAUAUGAUACAUAUGUAAAUUGUAGAGAAAAUGUAAAUACAUUAAAAGAGUAUAAUCAUAUAAUGGAAUAA